UUCAGUUGGCGUCCGCUAGAGGGACGACUACAACAUUUCCAUGGCAACUGCUGUAGAACAACAUAAGUUGUUUGCUGUGCAGCUAUCAGUUUUGGACUUUUGACAAUGGAGGUAGUAUCUUUCGAUAUAUCGGCUUUACAAGCAGUGGAUGACUACUGGGAGUACAAAAGGAUUGUGGGCGAUGAUGAUGGAGGAAAACUGUUCACCCCAGAGGAAUAUGAGGAGUAUAAGAGGAAGGUGCUCCCCCAACGAAUAAAAAACAGGCUGUAUGUGAGCUUUGGGGUCCCAGGAGGAAUCGACUGCAAACUCAUUGGUCCUGAGACACAGUGUUUCUGCACACAUAGGUACAAGCAGCAUAAGACCGACUUUAAAGUGGUUCCCUCUGAGCGACCCCUGGCCCUACCCUGCCAGGUCAAUGGAUGUCACUGUCCUGCCUACCAGUAUGUUCCCAAAAUUGGGCCAAACCCUGUCCGCUGCAGGUGUAAACACUUACCUCAGGAUCACAGUGAAGCUACUGGCCACUUGUGCAAAAAGUGCAGUUCCUGUUCUGGGUUCCAGAGCUCCUUCACCUGCGGGUGCGGCCAGCCCAGCUCUGCCCAUCAGACCCUGGUUGAGACAAAGCUAGAGAGGGAGGCACGCGGUCAGCCCAUCGGCAGGGAUGUCCCAUAUGCUGCCAUGGGGGGACUGACAGGGUUCAGCUCCUUGAUCGAUGGUUACCUCGCUUUGGAAGCCAGCAGCUCAGAUCAAGACAGAGAAGAUGGCUGCCAGCAGAGAUGCUCUGCAUCAAGGAUCAAAGAAACGUCUGCUAAAGCAUCCAGCUCCACUCGCUUGAAGUGUCUGUCUUUGUCACUGUCGUGACACGCGGGGAUAAUCAACUGUCAGCAACAGCGGUGAUUAAAUGUCAUCUCACAACUAAACAAUUAACUGACAAUGUAUUGAUCCAAUCAGAGCGUGGGGAGCAUUCGUAUGAUGAUCCAGAUUUUAAAGUUUGACACAGUUGUUUGUUAAUUUUAAUGGUGGAUUUAUCUCAUUUGAAAGUAAAGCAUGAUUAGGAGAUCUUAUCUAUGUUAUUUUCUAUGAUCUGGCUGCCAUGUGAGCUGCAGAAAUACCAUGCAUAAACUCACAUGAGAUUAAGAAUGUAAAAUCCAAAGCAUUUUACAAUUAGAUAUUUUUAGCUUUUUAAUUUUUCAGGGUAAAUAUAUUGAAUUACUGGUUCAUACACAGUUCAGCAUGGGAACACGUGGUCAUCGCUACGAUUUCCUCACAGUCAUAUUUUAUACCCUCACUAACCCAGAUUUUAUUUAUUGCUGUUUUCUAGCAAUGCUAUGAAUUUGUCUCUUAAUACAAGCUCCAUAAACUGGUCAGUUUACACAUCUGAGGUUUGUAUGAUUGAUGUUCUCUUACUGAAAGAAAGCCGCCCACUCACCAUGUCACCAAAAUAACACCAAAACCAUGGAGCUAUGUGUUCAGUGAUGAGCACCGGUUUUAAUUUGCAGAUAGAUGUACUGUCUCGGAUUGAUUAAUCCCAUUUCUCACGGCAGAUCAGCAGCGAUGAGAGCUGAUUUAAUCCAGUGAGUGGAUAUUAAAGCAGGUCAUGCUUUCUCUACUUUCUAACGUCUUUAACUGGGAAAAUAAAAUUAACAGGGAUCUGAAAAAGGAUUCACUCCCACUCAAAUAUUUCCACUCUGAGGAAGUUAAGUCAAACUGGAUCAGCAUCUACACCGGUGCUGGCCAGUGAAUCUCAAGUCACCUAUGACGUUAAUGUAAGUAUUACCUGAGGGAACUUUGUGUGUUUGUGAGCUGAACAGGUGCUCUCGAGGGAAAGGAAGUAGGGUCACGUCUGAAGGACAGCAUGGAUGCACCUGGGUCUCCGCAUGCAGCCAGGUGCUGAGGAGGAAGCAAAUGGAAGGGAUCCCAUCUGAAAGCUGACACUUCAGGUUCAGUGUGUAUCUACGAUGACCAUGGUAUCACAUUGCCACAAGAUUAAGUAUGUGCACACACAUUCACAGACGCACACAUGCUUUAAACCAAUCAUAUGUCCCCUUCGCUACCCAGAAAAGCUUUGUUGACUGCCAGAGUCGAGCAUCCUUUGAAGACACACUUGACCUGUUUGUACUGCUUACUCAUGGACAGUUUUUCUUACGGAGAAAAACCCAAUUAAUUUAAGAGGUAAAGGCUUAACACCUUUGUCUGACCCAAUUAUAAACUGCAGUAAUUGCCUCUCCAUAGCAACCAUGUUUUGGAGACUACAGGUAAUUUACUAUGGCAACUGGUUGAAGGGAAUGACUACCACACUUCCCUUAUCCCCAUGGAAACCACGCCCAGCUUGACUGACAGAUCAAACACAACAAAUCAGGAUGCGAACACAGAAGAUUAAAUUGGCAAUUACUGCGCAAGGAAACACUUAAUUACCCAAGUGACAGUUACGGUAAGCACACACUGAGACGAAGAAUACACUCUCCUGAUUUCCCCACAGACAGAGAGAGAGGUAACAAAAACUCAGGGGCACAGAGAGACACAGCAGACUGACAGGUGCUGACAAAUCACUUCAAACUGUCAGCCAGAUACUACUCAGAGGGAUAAUACACCUUGAAGUAGAAUUUCCAAAAUGUGUAUGAAAAGCGAAAACAUAUAGUAUGGGAGUCCAUGAAAUCUGUUGGGCAUCUAACCCUUUGCUUUUAUUCCUUUGUAGUGAUCAUUAUUACCCAACUCCGCAGCUCUACGGAGCAUUUUAGCAUCUUUUAGCUAACUGAUUUGGUUUUCACCACUUCUUAUCCUGAUGCGGUUUUAGGAAAAAGCAUAGAUUAACCCACUGUGUACUACCUGCCCUGCAC